UUCCUACAACAGUGUUUACUGUUCAUACUAUACUAGCUAGCAUACUUAGAGAGAUAUUAUUAAUUAUGCAUUAGUGCGUAAAGACAUGAGCACCAGAAACAGGUCGCCACCGGGCUGAUCAAUAACACACAUCCUCUUUCAUUAGGUUUACGUGUUCCCUAAACAAGUGGAUUUUAUCCUCUAUCCUGCUGUUGUAGAGAGAGUCGGGUGUGUUUUAUUUAAGUCUAGCGCAUCAGCGUCAGUGGACUUCAUCCUCCUCUCCAUCUCAGUCUCUGGAUCGGGACCCAAUGGAUCUGACAGCGGUCGCGCUGCUCGUGUCGCUCAUCUCCGUGACUCUGUCUGCGGGUGAAGCGGGCGCUAAAAAGCGGAGCUGCGCGGACAUGCGCCAGUUCUACACCGGCAAAGGCUUCACGUUAAAAGGCGUCCCGGGGACCGAGAUAUCAGGCGAAAAUCUCAGCAUCUGCCCAAAUGUUAACACCUGCUGCACCAUUAAAAUGGAGGAGAGACUGUCGGAUCUGAGCCACAAUGAGUUUGAAGGCCUGGUUAGGGAAGCAGGACACUCCAUUCAAGCCUCACUCAAUGCCAUGUACAGGACCUUCAACACAUAUUUUCUGGAACUCUUAAAUGGCUCUGAAAGGUGGUUAGAGGAGACCUUUGUAGCCUCUUUGGGGGAUUUGUAUCAGCCUAAUGCGGGAGUAUUUCAUGACCUUUACGCUGACCUCCAUCGAUAUUACGAUGGUACCUCCCUGAACCUCGAAGAGGUCUUGGACGAUUUCUGGAUGAAGCUACUGGAGCGUCUUCUGAAGGCAUCUGACCCUGAGACCGCCUCCUUGCUCUCUGACGACUUCCUGGAGUGUGCCUCCAAGCAGACUGAAACCCUGCAUCCAUUUGGAGAUGCUCCACUGGAGCUGAAGACCAAGCUCGUGCAGGCAUUCAUCUCUGUUCGGGCAUUUGUCCAGGGCCUUACUGUGGCCGGAGAGGUUGUACAGAAGGCAUCUCAGGUUCCUUUGAGCGAGGAGUGUAGUCAUGCCAUUAUUAAACUGAUGUACUGCCCUCAUUGCCAAGGUCUGGGAUCAGUCAAACCUUGCGUCAACUACUGCAAGAACGUCAUGAAGGGUUGCUUUGCUAAUCAGGCUGACCUGGACACUGAGUGGCAGAGCCUUAUAGAAACCAUGAUACAGGUGGCCUCCAGCUUUGGUGCUGAGCCCAGUAUGGACACGGUGAUCUAUUCAAUUCCUGUGCGAAUCUCAGAGGCUGUUCUCACCCUGCAGGAGAACAUGGAGAUCUAUACCAGCAAGGUUUUCAAGGCCUGUGGGGACAGUGGUGAGGAAGGAACACCGAGUUCAAUAUCUGAGGAGCCGAAAAAGAAAGGAAGUACAGUUACUGCCCUGGAUUACAAACCCAGCCCAAAAUCUGCAGCAAGACUGGAGGUGCAGGUCACAGACGUGUCCAAUAAACUUGAGGAAAUGCAGAAUUACUGGAUUCAACUCCCUUCGGCUCUGUGCAGAGGUAGAACAGUAUCUUCAACCAGCAGUGACAAUUGCUGGAACGGCAACACAAAAGACAGAUACCUCCAAGAGGUCGUAGGAGAUGGACUGGCCUAUCAGUUUGACAACCCAGAGGUAGAGAUCGACAUCACCAUGCCAGACAGGACUAUACGUCAACAGAUCAUGCUGCUGAAGAUCAUGUCAAAUCGCCUGAAAAACGCACUCAAUGGCAACGAUGUAGAUUUCCAAGACACAAGUGAUGGUUUCAGUGGUUCAGGAAGCGGCUUGUGUGCGGACUACCUGUGUGAUACACCUCCAGUCAUUGGGACGAAAAUUGUCAGACUCCUUGAAAACAAAAGAGUCAUUGGAUCCGGGAACCAGAUUCAGCCUUCCAUCAUCUUACUGGUUCUGUUACUCGCGACUCUACUGCUGAGACGAUAAUGGAGACACUAAAUUGAACUUUGGGAUCUGAGUCAGGAAAGCGAUAUAUGACAAGGAAUGUUUCAAAAGAAUAGAUAAACAUUUUAAAAGGUACGCAUAAAAAUUGCCAAAAGAAAAAAAAGGAACCUUUUGAGGGAAUGGACAUUUUAAUUCCUCAUAAAUAUGACAAGAAUAGGUGAAAAAGGAAGUUUGUUUCUGUGUAUUUUUAUGUUUUGUAAUAUACAUCAGAUUUAAGAGCUGACUUGUUACAUCAAUUGAUAUCUUGCUCUCUUUUUUUUACCUUUGAAUGUAAAAAAAUGAAUUGAAAUACAGAAUUGCUAAAUAUCUGAUGAAUUACCGUAAUUCCUCAAAUAAAAACCGGUAGUCAAAUAAACGCCAGGCCUCUGAUAGUGGCCGGGGGCGUGGUCAACACGGACAAAUAAAGGCUGGGGGAAAUUUUGUGCUGCAGAGCCAGAUAAUGAACGUACAUGCCCACUGCCGGAGCGUUUCACGUUCUCGAGUCAAGAACCGGUUGCAUCGGUUUUCGGA